AUGGACGACUUGGAGAAGGCGAUCCUGCUCAGUUAUGAGCCCGGCGGCGGGGUGGACCCCGUGCUGAGGUCGCAGGCCAUCGACUACUGUCGGCAGAUGAAGGACUCACCGGCGAUUUGUCGCCUCUGCGUCGAACGCCUCUCUCGCUCCGAUUUGGUUCCCGUCCAGUUUUGGUGCCUCCAGACCAUCCACGACUCGCUUCGCCUCCGGUACUCUUCUAUGGACCCGGCUGAACGGGGCUUCCUACGGGACUUCCUCCUCUCUGUCGCCUGCUCCGGUGGGGGCAGCGGCGGCGAGGCGGCCGUUGCGGCCGCUGCGGCCGCCGCUCGGGUUUCUUGCAGCCCCGCCUUCAUUAAGAACAAGUUUGCCCAGGCUUUUGUCGCCCUUGUGUGCCUGGAGUACCCUGCCGCCUGGUCCACAGUCUUCCUUGACCUACUGCCCCACCUUGGCAAAGGCGCAAUUGUCAUUGACAUGUUCUCCCGAAUCCUGAACUUGUUGGACGACGAUCUAAUCAGCAUGGAGUAUCCCAGGUCGAAUGAGGAGAUCUCCAUGGCAGGAAGGAUAAAGGAUGCGAUGAGAAUGCAGUGCAUUCCCCAGUUUGUGCGGGCCUGGUACGACAUUGUUGCCCUCUAUCGUAGCUCCAAUCCUGCUCUUGCAACCAUGGUCCUGGACACGAUGAGGAGGUACAUUACAUGGAUUGACAUUGGGCUGGUUGCGAACGAUGCCUUUGUUCCCCUCUUUUUUGAUCUUGUGCUCACUGAGGGCCUGCCUGAGCAGUUGAGGGCCGCUGCAGCUGGCUGCUUGCUUGCCGUCGUUUCCAAACGGAUGGAACCAAAGCAGAAACUGGGGAUGUUACAAAGUCUCCAAAUUAAGCGCGUUUUUGGAUUGGUUGCCGAAGAUGGUGAACCUGAGCUUGUUUCAAAGUUGGCUGCUUUAGUCACUGGUUAUGCUGCCGAGGCUCUUGACUGCUCUAAGCAGUUGAGCCCCGGGAGUGUGGAUGGGGCUGCAAUAGAAUUGUUAGAAGAAGCACUUCCAUCAGUGUUGUUUGUGAUCCAGAACUGUGAAGCGGACUCAACAUUCAAUGCUGUCCAGUUUCUAUCAGACUAUGUGUCUACAAUGAAGUCACCUUCACAGAAGCAGGUUGUAUAUUUGGGUCAGAUAUUAGAAGUGUUGCGGGGAGAAAUUUGUUAUGAUUCCAUGUAUAGAAAUAAUCUCGAGUUACCUGAUAAGAUUGGAAAGGAAGAGGAGGAACAGAUGGCAGAACACCGGAAAGAGUUCUUUGCAUUGCUACGCAGCAUCUGCAGGGUGGCUCCUGAUGUUACCCAGCUGUUUAUUAGAAAUCUGUUGGCUAAUGCUCUUGCCUCUUCAGUGAUGAAUGUUGAAGAGGCUGAAGUUGCCCUUUCAUUGUUCUACCGCUUGGGAGAGGCAAUAAGUGGUCAAGGGAUGAGGACAGGUGUUGGUAUUUUAAAGGAAAUGAUCCCAAUGCUGCUUUCAGCACGGUUUCCUAGCCAUUCUCAGCGGAUCGUGGCGCUUGUAUACUUAGAGACCGUCACAAGGUACAUGAAAUUUGUACAAGAAAACACUCAGUAUAUACCGCUGGCCUUGAUGGCCUUUCUGGAUGAAAGGGGAAUACAUCAUCCAAAUGUGAAUGUGAGCCGUCGUGCGAGCUAUCUAUUUAUGAGGACUGUAAAAUUACUAAAGUCCAGUCUUGUUCCUUUCAUUGAAAAAAUCCUGCAGGUGAAUAAAUUAUUCAAAUCUUUCCUUUUAUUUCUUCAUUCCCAUUUUCUUUCUUUGCCUGCAUUCGACUAAUUCCUCAUGCACUUCGUGGGUUUUCAGAGCUUGCAGGAUGUUGUGGUCAAAUUUACCAGUUUAGAUUGGUCAUCAAAGGGUCUAAAGUCUUCUGGGUCUGAAGACGGUAGUCACAUGUUCGAGGUAACGAACUCUUUGCUUUCUUAAUGUGAUGGACGUUAUGUAUUCUACGAGAGUAGACUAUCCUUUUAUGCCCACUUUUUCUGAUUCUCCGUUCACUUUUUUUGUCAACUUUUUAGGCGAUUGGUUUAUUGAUUGGCAUGGAGGACAUUUCACCAGAAAAACAAUCCGAGUAUCUGUCUGCAUUACUGAUACCUCUCUGCCAACAGGUUAAUUUUUUGGAUAGACUAUUUGUGGGUUUGACAAUUGCAUUAUACAACAGUGUUCAUUCCAUCUAAGUAGACACUUAAAAAUUCCUCUGCAUCUUAAAACGAUUUAUGUUGCUUAACUGCAGGCUAAGUCAUUGCUGGUUGACGCUGGUACACUUGCACAAGAAGAUGCGUUUGCAAAGGUUGCCUGCAUCCAGCAAGUGAUCAUGGCAAUCAAUGCUCUCAGCAAGGUUUCCAAAUUAUUUGGUUCUUUUGUAGGAACUCCCUGCUUGAUCUAUUGAUGAUUUUCUGGGAAAUAUUUUUUGAAUAUGAACGAAAUCUUCUUCUUAGAAUUAGUGAUCUGUCUAUCGUAGAAAAAGUAUUCAAACGAGAAUACUGCGAUCAGCCUCUGUGGGCUAUCUGACUUGAACUUACUGUUAGCUGUAUGAGUAUGCCGAUGUUUAGUUAGUUAUGGCAGUUCUGUCUUUGUCAUCGAAAUCACUUGAAGUAUUUAAUGUGUUGGAGAGUCAUUGAUCCCAGCUUAGGUGGUGUUUUUUGUGUGACAUAUUUUCUGUGUAGUAUCUAGUGGGGCCAGAGCCACUAUGGUAUUGUUUUUUUCUUAAUGUAAACGGAUUGUUUACUCAUUAGUCAUCUUCAUUAUGUAGGGCUUUAGCGAGCGGCUUGCAACAGCUAGUCGUCCUGCAAUCGGUGCUAUGUUCAAGCAGGUAUGUGUGGUUUGCUGUAUUUUUUCGAAGUCUGAUUCUCCGCACGAGUUAUACAGGGGAAAUAUUUUCUUUUAAAAAAUUUGUGAUGCUACUGUCAAGUCUGUUGCUUCCCGGAUGAAAACAGAUUGAUGAUGCGGCUCCGCGCUGCACUAGUUUUACUCAAGGGUUACGCAUAUAGUGAUAGAAGCAUUCAGAUGCUUCUUGUUUACUUCAUCUGUGCAUUUUGGAACAAGCCUUUAGCAGGAGAUUGAACCUUCUGUUCAUGUUUACAACUUCUUUGACUCAUCCAAUCUGAGAUUCUUACCAGAGGAAAGGAAUGGCACUUGAUGAAAACCCUGACACCGUUAAAUAGUGCAGAUGUUUUUAAUCGAGUAUUAUAGAAAAUUGUCCAACAUGUGGACUGAGUGGUUUCACAAUCCUAGUUACUGAUAGUCUGAGAUCAUAAUAACCAAAUGCUAAACAGAAAUCCUCAAAUGGUCAUUUUAUCAUUGUUAGUGCCAGAUUUUAGAAUUCUGUAUUCUUCCUUCUGAAUUUUUUACUGUGGCUUGCAGACAUUAGAUGUUCUUCUGCAGAUUUUUGUAGUCUUUCCGAACGUUGAACCUCUACGGAAUAAGGUAAGAUGAACAUUCUGGAUUAUCUCUUUAGGUGUUGGUUUUUGUGAUUGUUUUUAGCUAACUACAUUCUAAUUUUGCAGAUCACUUCCUUUCUUCAUCGAAUGAUUGAAGUGUUAGGUCCUUCUGUAUUUCCUUACCUUCCCAUUGCGUUAGAGAAAUUGCUUGCUGACAGUGAGGUGCGCCAUUUUUUUUCUGGUUGGUUGUUUUUUUUUUCUAACCCUUUGGUGUAAUGAUGCCUUCGAAACAAUGUGGUCUAAUCUUGUCACACCUUUAUUCCCUCAAUUUUGGCGUAUAUUUAUGUAGGGUCAUUUGCCUUUUAUUUGAUAUCGAUGACCAAUUUUGAUCUCUUUUGCACAUUUGUGUCUGCCAAGUCCUGCUUUAUCUUCUGAAAAUGAAUGUGUUUAAGAUGAUCUUAGAUAAUUAGAAAUUGACCAUUCUCUUCCCGACGUACUUUAUGAUGGGAUCUCAUUGUUAACCUCAAAAUGAAUGACAGAAUUCCUUCUAGGUUAAGGGGUUAGGAUUAAUCAUGUCUUGAUUCGUCUAGGAAUCAACCCUAGCCCCUUCUAUUACUUGAAAAGAAGCUAUUGCCAUUAGAAGUCCAUAUUUCGACAGUUGCAGAUCGAAAUGGUUGAUUAUUGCUCAUUCUUCUUUUUGCCCCAUUUUUUAAUUUGUAUCUAUGGGCAAUGACCACAUAUCAUGUGUGAUCACCCUAGACUGGCAUUCUGCGGCCUCCACCAUGAGGCUUUUUUAAGUUUGUGUAAAGUAGCUGAACAUUUGUUCCCAGCACUGUGGUGGUGGUUAAAAGCCAUUCAAUUAUGAGAGCAGAAACAUGAAAUCGCAUGUAAGUGGCGCUUGUAGAAACUUGGUUCAUCCCAUGGUAUGCAGCAGCUACACCUGCUUCAAUGAAAUAAGUGACAAAAUUCAACUGGACAACACAGGGGCUGUUGAUGUACAUAAAAUGUUAUUUGUAUCCUUUUUUUGGGUUUUUUUGGCAGGGAGGUGGGGGGUAAUGCUUAGUCAUAGCAUUCCACAACAUCUUCACGCUCAUCGAUAAUUGCAUGCUCCGAAAAGAAACCAAGUCCCCCUUCCUUGAUCAAUGGGUUUGCAGACAUGUCUCCAACCUCGCCAAUGCCUUUUGAAGCCGCCCUCCAUGUCCCUCAGGCUCUUCAGUAGAUUAGAUCGUGUAACUCGUUUUUCAAUUAACAUGGGUAUCCCUCCGUCCCAGUCCGCCAGAAUGAAAUCAAUGGAACCCGUCCCCUCUACCUAUAUAAUAAAUAUAGGAAACGAAAACAGGCCCAAAACUUUCUUGGAAGUGAUAUCACUUUAGCUUUCGCGAUCAAAGGGUACAUUGCAAAUCAUUUUAGUAUUUGGGGCUUCCUUUCUCACUGAUAGCCUUUGAAUCUCUCAAAAGUUUUCUUCUUUGGACUCAUCAAUUUCGGAAGUUGUUAUUGGAAGUGAGAUAUCAUGGUGUUUUGCUCUAUAAAAACGAUCUUAAGUGCAUGCCUGCUUAGUGUAGAGUUUGGAUUCAAGUAUGGGAAUGUGAGAAAUAAAGAAAUCUCGUAUAGUUGUGCUUCUGGCUAUAUACCGUACGUGCUCUAGAAUGCUUGAAGAAGGCCGUUGCCUUUCUUGAACAGGAGAAAAGGGGAUUCCAUUGGGGAAACCAUUCCUAGAUAUCUUGGCCCAACUUAGAUAUUUUGCCAUCUGCUUCUCAGCUCAAAUUACUCAAAAAAAAAAUUCCAUUUAAAAGUGCAUAUAAAACCAACGAGCGGUUGGCAGAUUGACGAUCAUUCUGAACUACAAAGGCCAAAAUCCUCAUAGUUUUUGUACAUGGCUAUUCAAAAUGUAAGAAUUUCUCGUGAAUCUCAUAGUUUCUUCCUCCCUUCUGCGGGUCCACCUGUAUUCAUCGGAAAUAAUCCCUAAUGUCUUUCGAGCACAUUUGCUUGCGCUUGAUGCUCCAAACUGUGAUGAAUGCAGCCAAAAGAAAUGGUGGAGUUUCUUUUACUCAUAAAUCAACUGAUAUGCAAAUUCAAUACUUCCGUGGGUGGCAUACUAGAGGAUAUCUUUCCCACGGUGGCAAGCAGAAUGUUUUCUAUUCUUCCAAAGGAUGGAUUUCCCUCAGCACCUGGUGGCAACGUUGAGGUAGGUUUUCUCUGGAUUGUUUUUCUGAAGAUCGUGAAAUAUAUGCCAUGCAUGAUUUUAUUUUUAUUGUCCCUUCAUUUCAAAUCAGUAUAUGAUGCAUGAAUAUGUGGACUCUGUGUAUUAAGCGGCUUGCCUGUUUUUUUGGGUUGCUGCACGUUUCUGCUGUGAAUAUUUAAUGCUGUGGUAUCGCCUACUUCGGAAAAAAGUCUUCAGCCUACUGUGAAUUAAUACCAUAGACUGGAUGGCCUUGCAGCUCUUCCAUUCUGUCGGGUUUUGGCAACAGCACCACAUAAUGCAGAGCAAAUCAUUUGAGAAGAAUCCUUAUUUUGAGGAUAGUUUUCUUUUUCCGUCACCUUGAGAUUUAGAUCGGUUGUGGUAAGGAAUCCCAAUUCCUUGCAUCCACAGGAAGACGCCCUUCGAUGACAUUUAUGAUUGAAUGUAGUAAAAUCCAUCAAAACUUGAAUGGUAGCAAUGAAAUGGAAACGCACCCUAUUCCCCCCCCCCCCCCUUCCCCCUUCAUGCAGUUUUAUGAUUUAAUCAUAGUAAAUAAUAAUAAUUAGGAUUUCAUCAGCCCUCGGCAUCUUUCCCAUAAAUGAAACAGCUAUCCAGUUAUAGAUGGGAUGAACUUUUGAUCUCUUAAUUCUGAAACUGCUGAGGGCAUAUAAGUAGAAUGUGUAAGCAAAUAAUCAUUAUCAAUGCUGAGUCUUUUCUUGUUCUUUGGAUAAAUUUCUCGCGGGGUCGUUUAUUAGUUUCCUCUUUUUAAAAACCAAAAUAAAGUCCUCCAGUGUUCACGGCUAAACUCUCAGAUCUCAAUGGUUAUUUGAGGUUGCACGCCUUCUGAUGCCCUAAACACUCCUUAUCAGGUUAUUUCCUAAUAUGGGCAUGCGCCAAAUUCUGUGAUUUUGUAGGAAAUUCGAGAACUGCAGGAGCUUGAGAAAACGCUGUUCACAUUUCUCCACGUUGUGGCCACCCACGAUCUCUCUUCGAUUCUUCUUGCACCAAAGAGUCGUGGGUACUUGGAUAUUAUUAUACAGAUGCUUCUGUUCUCGUCUUGUAGUCAUAAAGAUAUGGUAGUGAGAAAGGUGAGCGCAGCAUUUUCUUCUAGAUGGCCCCUCUUGAGUUGGGUUCGUUCCUCACCAGACCAGAUUUACAUUUCUCUGUGCCUAUUUUUCAGACUUGUGUACAUAUCCUCGUCAGAUUUACCAAAGAUUGGUGUGACAAGGUCGAGAAUCUUGACAAGGUCGAGAAGCUUUUUCAUUAAUCUUUCUUUUGCGGCAGUAUUUUUUCUCUUUGCCGUUCAUUUUUCUCCACGGAUUUUUUUGAAAUAUUUUGUCUAUUUUUUCAGGUUCCUGGGUUCCGGAAAUUCAUUAUCGAGACAUUCGCCACCAACUGCUGCUUGUACAGUGUAGUUGACAAGUCGUUUGACCUUCGAGACGCAAACACUGUAAGCUCUUAUUUUUCCUUUCUUUUUUCCCAUUUUUUCAAUUUUUACCUCAAUUAUUUCUCUUUAUUAUUUAUUUCAGUUUAAGUUUGCUAUUUUCUUUGAAACGAGAAAAUUCACAAAUUCUUGUGCCGGAAUAAAUUCUGUUGGAAAAUUUGUGAAUUUCUUCACGCCUCACGCAUUGCCAUCUGUGACUCGUUCUGAAAGAGGACUUCCAUUCCCUCUCUCUCCCAUGAAUUAGUAAGUUGAAGUCUCUGAGUUGGAUAAUUAAAAUGGUAAACAUGGUAUUAUAUCUCCUGGUGCAACAUAUUUUUGGGGGGAAAGAGAGGGAGAAUCGGGGUAGAAAAAGGUAGAAAAAGGCCCGCCUCCUCCUAUGAUGAUGAACUGCUCCUGCCGCAGGUCUUGCUCUUUGGAGAGAUUCUAGCGGCCCAGAAGGCCAUGCACGAGAAGUUUGGCGAUGCCUUCCUCCAUCACUUCGCUGUGGCCGCUCACUGCCCCCAAGAUUUAGUGGAAGUUUUCCGGCAGAAGCUGCAGGUGAGUGACGACGACUGGCCAGCUCAUGCUCCUGUCCCUGUCUUUCAUAUAAAUAAAAGCUGCUAUGAAUGGCAGUAAUUAUUGAAUCAAUGAGUCAAUCUUCCUGCUUGAUUAGAGAGAGAGCUAUGGGUUGCCAGGUGUGGUUAGAAUAAUACCCGGGAUCCUCGUGCUCAUUAUUUCAAUGUUUGACAUCUGGGUUAAGAUGGAUUACAAAAGGUCUCAUAAUAUAUAUAUAUAUAUAUAUUGAUAUUGUUGGUUCUUCAGGGUAACAGCAUGGAGGGGUUGAAGUCGUUCUAUCAAUCCCUCAUUCAUAAUCUGAGGCAAAAGCAGAAUGGCAGCUUCCAUUUCAGAUAA